AUGAACAAACCCCCCGUCGUCUCCCUCCUCUGCGACCUCAUCGAGGUACCCAGCAACAGCGACCACGAACAAGACGUUGCCCGAUUCCUUGAUAAUCAUCUCACCCAACUCGGCUACACCGUCGAACGACUCCCCAUCGCAGAGAACUCGACCCGCGAGAAUGUCUACGCGUAUCUUGGCUCUACGCGGAAAACUCGCGCCUGCCUCUCGGCGCACAUGGACACCGUCCCGCCCCAUAUUCCGCUGCGCAUCGAGGGCUCGACGAUCUACGGUCGCGGGGCCUGCGAUGAUAAGGGGCCCAUGGCUGCGCAGAUCAUUGCAUUGGAGGAACUGCGUGCGGAUGGGCUUGUGAAGGAGGGGGAUGUGGGAUUGUUGUUUGUCGUGGGCGAGGAGAAAGGUGGGCCCGGGAUGAUCGCGGCGAAUGAUCAGGGAUUGAGCUUUGAGGGGGUAGUCUUUGGGGAGCCGACCGAGGGGAAAUUAGUGGUUGGGCAUAAGGGACAUUUGGUCUUUGAGUUGAUUGCGGAGGGGAAGGCCUGUCACUCCGGAUACCCCCAUCACGGCGUGAACGCGAACACGGCACUAGUUGCAGCCCUGAAUGAUUUCCUGUCGACUGAGUUUCCCGAAUCAUCCCUUCUUGGCCCCUCGACUCUCAACAUCGGCAAGAUUGAAGGAGGCGUGAGCUAUAACAUUGUGCCGGCAACUAGCACUGCUCUCUGCGCUGUUCGCGUGGCAACUGACAUGGCUGGGAUCAAGAAGAUUGUCGCGGACGUCGCUUCUCGACAUCCCAAUGUUAGACUUGAGUUCAAGUUCGAAUACCCCGAAACAUUGUUGGAUCAUGAUGUUGAAGGCUUUGAAACGGCUCCAGUGUCGUAUGGAACAGACGUACCUCGCUUCAAGGGCAACCACAAGAAAUAUCUCUAUGGGCCCGGGUCGAUUUUGGUAGCACAUGGAGAAAAAGAGCAGAUCGAGCUGAGCGAGCUGCUGGAAGGGGUCCAGCAAUAUAAGAAGCUGACGCUUCAUUUGUUGAAAGGCGAUGCAUGA